AUGCAGCCGCACCUGUACCCGAGUGAGUCAUCCAAGAUUGCAUUCAUCAUUUCUCAGCUCAGCGGCAAAGCAUUGAAGUGGGCCGAUUCCAUCUGGUCCCAGCGGGGCGCUGUAACCCAAUCCUACUCGGCGUUUAUUUCCCACUUCCGGGAGGUGUUCGGGAAACCAAUCACAGAUUCGUCUGCUGCAUGCCCCACACGACCACCUCGACCCAUGGUGAAUGCCAUCAUUCCUGCUUCUCAUAAAAUGAAACCACUCACCACUGUCGUCAAUCUUACUGCCGCUACUGUCUCCCUUUCAGUGGUCGCGCUCCUCGACUCAGUGUCAGCCGGCAACUUCGUCUCCGGCGCCAUCUGCCGGCAGCUACGUCUCAAGACCUCUCCGUCUCCGACGAUCUACAAGAUCAACUCAAUAACUGGCAAACCCCUGAGUCUGUACAUCGACGACAUACUCAUAUACUCCCAGAGCCAGGCCGAACAUCGCCAACACGUUGCGGAGGUCCUCACCCAUCUUCGGCAAUUUAACCUGUUCCUCAAGGCAGAGAAGUGCUCCUUCCAUCAUCCUUCCGUCUCAUUCCUUGGACGAUUCAUCAAAGGUUACAGUUCCAUCACCCAUCCACUUACCAGCCUGCUCCGUGAUAAGCCCAAGUCUCUGUCCUGGAACUCGGCAGCCACCAACGCAUUCAACCAUCUUAAAGAAGCCUUCACCACCGCUCCCUUGCUCGUCCAUCCUGAUCCAGAGAAACAGUUCAUCGUUGAAGUGGACGCCUCGACCACUGGAGUGUCGCAGCAGCAGGGGACGCCAAGUACCAAAAAUGUCAAAGCUGACGCUCUGUCUCGUCUCCAUGCUCCUGAGGAAAAGACCGAAGAACCUGAACCUAUCAUUCCGAGCUCUCUCAUCGUGAGUCCUAUUACCUGGUCAGAGGAGACCAUUCCCUCCUCCAAUGCCUUCACGAACCCCCCGCCGGGCUGUCCACCCGGCUUGCUGUAUAUCACUCGGACACGACGCACUCCAACCAUUCACUCAGCUCACACGUCACUUGGCACUGAAACAGUGCGAUUAGUAGGUGGUAAAAGUUCCUGUGCUGGUAGAGUGGAGGUUUUUCAUGAUGGUCAGUGGGGAACAGUGGGUCAUUUAAACUGGGAUAUGACUGAUGCUGCAGUGGUGUGUAGAGAGCUGAACUGUGGAAAGGCUUUAAGUGCACCAAAGAGAGCUCACUUUGGAGAAGGAUCAGGAAAAAUCUGGAUUUCUGAUGUACAGUGUACUGGAUCAGAGUCUACAUUGAAGAACUGUAGAUUCAAUGGAUGGGGAAUAAAAGCUACACAUACUGAAGAUGCUGGAGUCAUCUGCUCUGAUUCCUCUCUGGCUGUUCAUGAUGGUCUGGUGCGGUUGUCUGGAGAGAGACAGUGUGAGGGGGAGGUGGAAGUUUCCAUCCAUCAGGUCUGGAGGAGAGUUCUGCUGGACUCCUGGAGUCUCACUGAAUCCUCUGUGGUCUGCAGACAGCUGGGCUGUGGCUCUGUGCUGAACUUCUACAGCUCCUCUUCAUCCAGUCCUGAACACAGUCAUGAGUGUGUGACGGGCUUCCAGUGCUCUGGGAGUGAAGCUCAUCUGGGGAACUGCAGCUCUCCACAAACUCUCAGCUGCAGCUCCACACAACAGCUGUCAAUCACCUGCCUUGGUCGCAGGUCCAUCAGGCUGGUGGGUUCUGGGGGAGACUGUGCAGGGAGGCUGGAGGUUUUUCACAGCGGCUCAUGGGGGACAGUGUGUGAUGACUCCUGGGAUAUUAAAGAUGCCCAUGUGGUGUGCAGACAGCUGCAGUGUGGAGUGGCCCUCAGUAACCAGCAGGUACCAGCCUGGUUUGGUCCUGGUUCUGGAUCCAUAUGGCUGGAUGAGGUGGAGUGUGAGGGGAAUGAGACGUCCCUGUGGAGCUGCUCUUCUCCAGGCUGGGGAAAACAUGACUGUCAACACAAGGAGGAUGUAGGAGUCGUGUGCUCAGAGUUUAAAGAGAUCAGGUUAACUGAGGGCUGUGAAGGGAAUCUGGAGGUUUUCUACAAUGGAUCCUGGGGAAAUGUGUGUUACAAUAAGAUGGACAGAGACACAGCGAGUCUGAUCUGUCAAGAGCUGAACUGUGGAAGAUCUGGCAGCAAACCCAGAUAUUCAAUGGGCCUGAAGUCUCAUAAUUGGCUUGAUAAACUUAAUUGUCGAAGUCAUGAUUUCACUCUAUGGCAGUGUCCAUCUUCACCCUGGGGACUGAAUGACUGUGAUAAUAAAGUGGCCAAGAUCACCUGUUCUGAGGAGCAGAUUCGUGAAUCUCCUCAGAGUCGUCUGACAUGUUCAAACUCAUCAUCUCCUCACCAGAGACAGUGUUCAAAUCAUGUUCCUCUCAGACUGAGUGGAGGGGAGGGCCGGUGCUCUGGGAGGCUGGAGGUGUAUCAUAACGCUGUGUGGGGCUCAGUCUGUGAUGAUCUGUGGGACAUCAGCGAUGCUCAGGUGGUCUGCAGACAGCUGGGUUGUGGAGCAGCACUGAGGGCUGAUGGGAAUUCAGUCUUUGGUGCUGGUGAAGGUGUUGUGUGGCUGAACAGAGUCAAGUGCAGAGGGAAUGAGAUUCACCUGUGGGACUGUCCUCUCUCCCUGGAGAAACACACUGACUGCUCCAACAAAAAGCAUGCUGGACUCACCUGUGCAGUUUCUCAGACAGUGAGCUCAACAUCAGUCUCUCGUCCACAAACUCCUCCAGCAGCGUCUCUCUCUGUGCUUGUGAUUGUACUGGGAGUUGUGCUCUUACUGCUCUUAGUGCCACUGUUUAUACUGAUUCAGCAGAACAGAGUGAUGAGGAGAGCUCUCUCUAAGAGGAGACACAGGAGCACGACUGAGGCCGUUUAUGAGGAGAUUCAUCACAGACACAAUCACUUCACUCAGAGGGGGAGUCUCAUCUCUGAAGAACUGCAUUCUGGGUAUGAAGAUGCUGAUGAGCUUCUUUCAGAAAAAGAGUUCAAGACUGUGUAUUAUGAUGAUGUCACCAGUGGCCUGAAAGAAGAGAUGAUGAAGGAAAUCACACCGGGAUACUAUGAUGAUGUCAUCACUGAUGGACUGAAACCAGAUCGUGAGACAGAAGACACACCUGAGAGUUAUGAUGAUGUCAUGACGAGUGGACAGAACUUUAAUAUUAAAAAAGUGGACACACCGGAGCAUUAUGAUGAUGUCAUCAUUAUUGGACAGAGCAUUCCAGGUUUAACAGAGGGAGAUCAGGAGGAGUAUGAUGAUGUGAAGAACAGCAAUGAAGAUGAGAGAAACCUGUUGGAGGGAGAUCAGGAGGAGUAUGAUGAUGUGAAGAACAUCGAUGAAGAUGAGAGAAACCUGUUGGACUAUGAUGAUGUAGGGGAGGAGUCAAAUAAAGAGGGAGGAGCCAUAUGACUCACUGACUACACCCACUGCCUCUGAUCAUCAAAUCAUAUUACAGUUACUGGAGAUACUGUUAUUGUUUUUUUUAUUUCACACAAGAUUCAUUGUUUUAUGUUUUUAUGUUAUUUUAAAUAUGGUUAAAUGAAAAGUUUCAUGCUGUGCAAAAUUCAGUAACAAAUUUUAGUAUUUGUAUUUUAGUAUUUGAGCUAUUUUUAUUUUGAUAACAAUGCUUUUUAC